AUGAUCAGUAUGAGUAUGAAAUGCUCGAACACCGUAUUUUUAUGGAUACUAGGAUCCUCUGUAUGUAUGGCUGCAGAAAUGGCCAAACUUGAUGGAGAUAUUUUUAUCGGAGGGCUGUUUAAGAUUUUUGAAGAAGAGAAUGGCGAUUGCUCCAAUAGGAUCGACAUCGCGUCAAUUAGAGAUUAUGAAGCCGUAAAAUGGACCCUCAACACUUUGAAUUCAGUCGGUUACAUUCCCGGAGUUAAUAUAGGUAUUGAAGCUUUUUCUACAUGUAAUAUACCCGGCAGAGCUAUUCAUCACACUGUCAGCUUCGUACAAAAAGCGUUAGAGAACGGAGUCAAUGUUUCAUCUCAAGCCAUUAUAGGAAUUAUGGGUCCCGAAAGCAGUUCGGAAGCUGAAGUAACUUCUAGAUUUAUAAGUUCUCUGGAAGCGAAGCAUCAAUUGUAUCAGCUUUUGUUCUCUGCAACAACCGCAAAUUUAAGUGACAAAAGAUUCCAAAAUAUUCUGAGGGUAAUACCUAAUGACAAACUCCAAUCAGAGGUUAUGCAAAAACUUCUAAAUUAUUUGGAUUGGAAUUACGUUGCUGUGGUGUACGAAAACACAGCGUAUGGAAGGGGGGCAUUUGAAGAGUUCUCACAGCUAGCGAAGCAUGUUGGAAUCUGCAUUCCCAAAUCCUUUUCCCUUCAGACAGGAAAAACUGCAAACGUGGAUUUAUCAGCUAUUAGAACUGUUUUGGACCAAUUAUUAAGCAACGCCGAGAGCCAAAUUACAGGUGCCAUAUUUUUUGCUUCCACCUCAACAGUGAGUACGUUCUUAGAUAUUGCUCAAGCACGAAAACAGGCUACAAACUUUGGCUUGGUAAUGGUAUUUUCAGAAUCAGUAGCACUAGAGAAAUCUAUGUUUGACCAAUAUGACAGUGUUUCCAAAGGUUCAUUUGUAACAAGUCCGCCAGCUAUCACUGUUGAAGACUUUUUGCGUCACUGGGAGAGCAUAAUGGCAAAUAAAACAAGAUUUGUAAUUGAAUCCAGAUCAAAUCCAUGGCUUUUUGAUGCAUUUCGGCGAUAUCAAUCGUGUGAUCCAUCCUCAGACGUAUGUUCAAUGCCGACGAUAGAGGAAGUUAGAGCUACUGAAAGUGAAAAUAUUUUCGAAAGUUAUGCUAUCAUGGCAACGCUUAUUCAAGUCAAUGCAAUUAGAGUGUUACAUUCAGAAAGAUGUGGAGGCGCUAAUGGAAUUUGCUCUGGAUUGAAGACCAUACUACUCCAAAGUAAAAAUACUUUGAUUAAAAAGGAUUUUUAUGAAAUGACAUUUGAUACAUUGCCCUUUUCGUUUCCAACAAAUUUCAGUGUAAUUGUGAACGGUAGCAACGACGCACUUUUGGUUGGAAAUAUUUCAUCAUAUGAAAUUUAUCAGUAUAGAAGUUGUCUUUCACAGAAUAACAAAUUCUGCAUGGAAAAGGUAGCAGGGUAUGAUAAAGGCUCAUUAGAUAUUCAACGAGACAGACUCGCAAGCUAUGAUGAUAACGUAGAAUCAGAAUGGCCGAACAUACAUAAAGCACAGUGUUUCCCAGGUAAGAACUGUGCGUCCUGUAAAACAGAAGAUACAGCGAAAGAAAUUUACUUUGAAGAGGGAGAAUUGUAUGUUGUUGGAGUUGCACCAAUUUAUAAUGGAGAUGCUUCUAAUCCAUUGCGUUGUGGUGACAUCAGAGAAAUGAAUGGUUGGGAAAUAACAGAAGCGAUGUCUUAUGCAGUUAGCAAAAUUAAUCUUGACAAAGACAUUUUUCCUGAAACAAAAAUAGGUUAUAUAAUAUUGAACAGCUGUAACCAACCCGUUAUGACUACAAAAGCGCUACUGGAUAUGUUAGAUAAUGAUAAUGGAGUAAUGUUAACGAAUGGAACAUUCUUAAGAAAUAUUUCUUCUAAAAUAUUAGCUUUUGUCGCCGAACUAGGAAGCAGUAUUAGUCAAGCUUCAGCUAAGGUCCUACAAGAGUUCAACUUUGUCCAAGUUGCUUAUGGCUCCACGGCAGCCGUACUGAGCAACAGAGAGGAGUAUAAAUACUUUCUAAGGUUGUGCACUCCGGACACGAAUCAGGCGAAAGCCAUGGUAAACCUCCUACAUGAUUUAAAUUCCAGUUACAUCCAAAUACUUUAUAGUGAGGGUACAUAUGGUGAAGGUGGGAGAGAUCAGGUUGUUCAAUUGGCCAAGGCAAUGAAUAUAUGUAUAGCUAAUAGUAUAAAAGUAGAAGAAAACAAGUAUACCAGAAUUCUUGAUGACUUGAGGAAGAAGCCAUAUGCCAACAUUGUUCUCUUAUUCUUAAAAUCACAUGUCGUUUUCGAUGUUGUGACUUUGAUUUCCACAUCUAUGGAAUUUGGAGAAUUUCACUUCAUUGCAAGUGAAGCAUUUGGUACAAGAAGCGACAUAGUGAACAAUAAUCCUAAACUAGAUGGAACCCUUUCAUUAUCCUUGGAAUUAGCCAUGGAUUAUAAUGAAUUACAGCAUUAUAUCUAUGACAAAUUACAGAAAAACGACAACCAAAACCCAUGGACAAGGUCCUAUUUUGAAAAAAAGUAUAAUUGUUAUUUACCCAGCAGUUUUGACAAAUCAUCCAACACAAAAUGUAGCGGUGUGCUGGAGGAAUAUAAUAGCACAGAAUUCAAGCCCAAUACGUGGAGCCCUUUUGCAUUGUAUGCAAUCACAACAGUCCUUAAAGGAACAUAUGCUGCUUUCCAAAAAUUCUGUGGACAAAAGUCUGAAAAAAUUUGUAUCGAUUAUAGAAACAAGCCGAAUGAAAUCUGGGAGUUUGUGAAACAACAGAAACUGCUUUUAAAUGGCGUUUUAACAAGCAUUUUUGACGAAAACGGUGAUGGGAAUUUAGGGCACGUUAUAUAUCAAACUCAAAAAUCAAAGAGCGAUCCACAAAAGUUUGACUUUAUAAAGAUUGGAAGCUAUAGUAAUGGAUUAAAUUACACCAUUGGAAAAAAUACGACAAUUGACAAAGCUGACGUCUUUUCUAGCGUAUGUCCGCAUAAAAAGGAAUGUGACAUUUGCACUGAGUUUUUUGGAAGGACUCCCACUCAAUCAACUGUCGCCAGCCCCAAAGAAGGCUCCGACUUUAGAGAAGGCGCUACCAUAGGGUUAGGAGUACUGGCUGGCGUCCUUUUCCUUAUCAUAAUCGCUAUGAUUUUUAUUAUAAGAAGAGGAUUUUGUACACCUUCAAAUCAAUCGGAUCAUUACGCUAGUGCCAAUGAUUUUGGCUCCAGAGAAACUUAUUUGACUGCUGUUGCUGAGAAUCCAAAGAAUCUGAACUAA